AUGCCAUCCGCUUUUCAGUCCCACAAGCAGUUGCCGGUCAGCACGACCACUGCAAACGCCAUCUUGUUGCUGAUAUUACGUACGAAGGAGGCUUGGAAAGAUACUAGACGCCAGCCACACGUCGUCUUCAUAGAGUCGCGCCAGGCCCGCGAACGUAACGAGCCAUAUCUUGAGCUUCCAAGGGGAACAUUCGACGCUUCGGGGAAUAUAACUGGACCUUUGGUGGAGGAGAUGUCGCAGGAAUUGAGCCUCAAGCUCCGGAAAGAACAGCUCAUUAACCUUACAUCAUUGAUGAUACAAAACCCGCACUGCAGACGAGAUUCGCGGCACCCAGACGCAGUGAUUAAACCAGAACACAUUACUCCGCGCAAGCCAGUAAUACUAUGGCAAAAGGAUAUUUCUAGGAAGGAGAUGAAUGACCUUAUCGGCAGGUGUGAAGACGAAACGGCGCUCAAUGCGAAAAGUGGUUUUCGAGUACUAGACUAUGGGGACUUGUGGAAGGCGGGCAAAAACAACGCAGAGAUCAUGGCCGCUUGGGCGAUGUACGAGAAUUUGCUUGAGCGAGGAGGUUUGGAGCUCCAGAUAAGAGAAGCAGAGAUCGGAGUAAGUAUUGGUUCGACAAAGUAG